CAGAAGCCGCGGGCGCGAGCACCCCGGUCUGUGAAGAGCGGCUGUACGCUGAGCAGUGGUAGGCGUGGUUGCGUGCACCGCAUGCGUUGAAGCCGUGCAGGGAGACAUUUGCUGAGAUGGAGCCAUGGUUGCCCAGGACAGUUCCGUUGUACUAUUGCCAUAAAAAAAGUGAUUGAGAACACACCAGAAAGAAGCGAGACACGGAAAGAAUGAAUCACAAAGAUGGCGCUGAUGCUUGGGGUUCUCAAAGGCCAGAAACGCCCCCUUGGGAUGCAUCAGAGUAUAGUCAACUCAUCUCUGCAGGGCCGGUGCUGCCACUACUAGAACACUAUGCAGGCAUAGGUUCUUAUGACCAAAACACUCUUAGGGGGCCCCCGUGGCAAGUUCAGUCACAAGGCGCUAACACUGACAAAUGUACGGGCAGCCAACUUCAACUAGCUAGUAUGGCUAAUCAAGAGUCUUCAUGCAGCACGUGGCAUCAGGCAGCACCCAUAUACCUGCCAUCGACGUCAUACACAGGUUAUUACGCUGGUGGUAACCCGGCAUACGUCUCGUGGCAAGCUUCACAAAUUGCAGGUGGAGCACAUCAUUUUGGUCUCACAGCCACACAAGAUGGUCAAAUGCAGCACAACAAGGGCCUACAACUACAGUGAACAGCGGCGCGGGGACAUCUACUGUGGGGAGCUCUGAGCGCACGGAAGACGCGUUCCACCAGCCAGCAGACAAUCAUGCCACAAACAAUUUUGAGUCAGAGUCGGGAAUGGCAAUCAUUCCAGCAAUGCCAACAAGCACCCCUUUGAACACAAUCACUGCCAACACUCAAGUAGAUGGAACUGCCGCCGAUACUGAAGUGAAUGAUGAAACUGACGACGACGCACAAGGGGAUGAAGAUGGUGCACAAUCAGAGAUCAUGGUACCUCAGCCACCGUACAUUGGGCAGAGAUUUGAAUCAUUCGAAGAAGCAAAGGAAUACUACCGGACAUAUGCAAAGUUCCAUGGAUUUGCGGUCAACACCGAGUACCAUAUGAAAAUUAAGAAAACUAACGAGUACAGCAGAGAUGAGAUGAGGUUCCACAAGGCACGGAGGAACAAGAAGGGGAAAGGUGUUGCGCCUGUUGUUCCGGAACGAAAGAGAGGUAUCAUUCUCAAGACUGAGUGCCCUGUCCGGUGUAAGCUAAACGUAGAUGGAGGACAGUGGGUGGUCAAUGAGUAUUUUGACGAGCACAACCACCAACUCAUAAAGAAGUUUGACCUGGUAAAAUUUCUGACCACCCACAGAGGGUUCACCCCCGUCGAAAGGCAAUUCGUAAAGCUGCUACAUGAUUGUAACGCCGGUCCAUCAAGAAUGGUACAGAUACUAUCUCUCAUCCACAGCAAAAAGGGGACUCUGAGUAGCAUGCCGUACA